AUGGCGGACAAGGUCAAGGAGCAGAACCAGUACCACCAGCAGAAGGCGAAGUACCUCGGCCUCGGCAACCCCGACACCACGCGGGACGAGUUUUUGACCACCGUCCACCGCGACACCUACGCGUCGUUGGCACUUCACUCGCCUCUCUUGACCUACACGGCAGCAGCGGUGGGGCAACAUCCGGAGGUGAUGCGCCAGGCGAUGGUGAAGAAGAUGGUGGGGCCGAAGGCGAAGGGGAAGGAGUAG